GUGGACGACAAAUGGGAGUUUCCGCGGCGCAGGCUCGUGCUGGGAGAACUCCUUGGAGAGGGCGAGUUUGGGAAGGUGCUCAAAGGACAGGCCAUGGGUAUCGCUGGUGAUUCCGGUUGCCGCCAGGUAGCGGUGAAGAUGUUGAAGCCCUCCAGCACCACUGCCGAGUUGCAGGACCUGCUGUCCGAGUACAAUCUGCUGAAGGAGGUCAACCAUCCCAACGUAAUCCGUCUGCUGGGGGCGUGCACGGGGCCCGGAGGACCUGUCUGCAUCAUCAUGGAGUUUGCGGAACUCGGCUGUCUGAGGACAUACCUGUGUAACAGCCGUAAGUCGACGCUAGCGUCCGGUGACACAGACAGCGCGUGUGCCAUCACACCCAAAGAACUUAUCAGCUAUGCGUGGCAAAUAUCACGAGGAAUGUCCUACCUGGUGGAAAUGAAGCUGGUUCACCGUGACCUGGCGGCCCGUAACGUCCUUCUGGCAGAGGGCAAGGUCUGUAAGAUCUCCGACUUUGGUCUCACACGCGACAUCUACGAGGGCAGCCUCUAUCAGAAGACCAGCAAAGGGCGAGUUCCGGUAAAGUGGAUGGCCAUUGAAUCUCUGGAGGAUCACGUCUACACCUCAAAGUCGGACGUCUGGAGCUUCGGAGUGCUCCUCUGGGAACUCAUCACACUCGGCUCUAACCCGUACCCUGGUGUAACCCCGGAGCGUCUCUGUCACCUCCUGAAGUCUGGAUACAGGAUGGACCGGCCGGCCAACUGUACCCAGGACAUGUACAGCAUCAUGCGCCAGUGUUGGCAGGAGCAGCCCUCCUCGCGACCCACGUUCUCCGAGCUGAGCCAGUGGUUCGACCGGAUGCUCCAGUCGGGGUCAGAGUAUCUGGAUCUCAGCACACCGCUGGUUCUCAACAGAGAGUACUUUGACCUGCUGAGCGAUGGAGAUGACCUUGACCUGGACCGUCCGAUCGACUACGGUAACCUGCACCUGCUGAGCUCCUCCUACCUGCCGCCGCGCAGCCAACCAGCGGCCGAGCCGGCGCGCAGCAACCAAUCACCGCUCCGUACAGCCUCCAACAACCAAUCACCGCUGCGCUCCGCCUCCAACAACCAAUCACCGCUGCGCUACGGCGUUGUCGACCAAUCAGCUCGCAAGUCUGAUCGUCUGACGUACUCUUCUCUACUAGCUCACGGUUCGGACACGGAGGAUGGUGGCGCUCGUGAUUUACCACUCAACUACUCCUCCCUUCUGUUGCCGGACUCUGAGCCGGAGGAGGGCGAGGAUUCGGGCAGCGGCUCUGAUAACCCUCCCCGGGAGACGUGUGAUGAACAGUGCGGCCUCAUGGAGGUAUCCGUGUAGAGGGUGGGAUAAGAGGGAAGGCUGGCCCAUCGGGUGGGUUUUGAAGAGCGAGGGAAAGUGAUAGUGGAAAGAAGAAAAGAAGAAGAAGCAGGGGAAAUCAGUCAAGCGAUGAAACUAUAGGGUUGUGAAGCUAAGAGAGACUGUUUCCUCUUGGCGUUGACAAGGACAGUUGACGUGUCAGAAUGGUCGUGAUUUGGAAUCACACAAACAAACUACGGUUAGCAGUGAUGGUUUUGAUCGCACAUACUUAAAUAAACCUGGCAAACAGAGAGCUAUUCCCACUCAACCUGUUGGUCACAAGCAAACCAAGUCCACACCUUGCCAUACUACUGAAGAGAGCGAGAGAGCGUAUAUUUUCAACACGACACGUUAUUUUCAAUGGUGCACUGUAUUCGCCCGUCCAUUGUGUUUACUGAGGGAGUGUCUGGCGCACUCUGUGGGGGCUGCCGAGGUCCUAAUGUUUCCAGCCACUGGGUGGUUAGUAGUACGGGCCGAGCGGCCGGGGCUGGGUGUUGCCGCUAGUCGUGCUAUCUAGUCUUUGUCGAUGUUGAGUUGUGAGGUUUGGUCGGUGGUGUAAGCUUUGUCAGCUGUGAGCUUAGUAAACUGUGAGCACUUUGGGGGAGUGUGAGAGUUGAAGUUGUAUCGAUGGGAAUGAUUUGGGUACGAGUGUGAAUCGAAAUUUUGUGCGAAAAACUUGAGUAGCAUUUGUCAUGUUAGUCAGCGACUUUAUAUUUGCAUGUUAGUAUAGGAUUCCUGGCUUUGAGCAAAGGCGAAUUCGUCCACGAAUGGUCAUUGGUCAGUCCUCUUUUUGCAGCUUUCCGUCCCCUAGUAUUUGAAUGCGAAUGAUUUGAGUAUUUGAAGACGAACGCAUGUUAUGAUCCGGUUCUGUAGAGGUAUGUAUAAUGUACCUAUAUGUCCAAUCAAUUCGCUUUACGUGACCGUGAGGGUGCACUUUGACCGUGCAUUGCUGUGGUGCCCUCAGUAGCGAAUGAAACAAUGUAUUUAGAUCCCUGAUCCACAUUGGUUCAAUAUGAAAUGAAUGUUGGGUCAGGGGCUCCGCCACAGGGGGGUACGCGGGGGUCCGGACCCCCUCAAUAAUUCCCGUGGGGGGUACAGUACCCCCCAAUAUUCCGAAUACCUGUAACCUUGUUUUGCGUUAGAAUGACUAAAUCAUUCACAGAAUGUGUUGAAUAAUUUAAUUAGAAUGUGUUGAUGGUCGCAAAGCUAAGGAAUUUAAGAUCUAGAAAUGUAGGGAAACACGAAGAUGUUGUGACACACGAAGUGCUCAACAAUCGCCGACCUAUAUUUAUGGGAGUGUCAUUAUUCUACCAUUUUGUUAUUACUAUGAAUGCGUUUAAGAUUGCUAGGAUUAACUUAGCAUGCUAGAAUUUGGCAAUAAUUUCGUGAGAGGGGUCCAGCUUGCAGGACACCUCCUAAACACAACACCCGCCCCAAAAGAGCUUCAAAUCGAUCUGAGAACCCUCUUUCCAUGU